ACACACACACACACACGAGCAGCCACCUUCACACACCCACACCGGCCGAGGGAGCGCGCGGAGGUGCUGUUGACUGAAAAACAUACUGGGGGUCACCUGAGGCACCUGAAGAAGAACCUAUUGCUGCGUCUCUCUCUCUCUCUCUUUCUCUCUCUCUCUCUGUCUGUAUCCAUCUAUCUCAAUGUCUUUCUCAGCCCUCUCUCUCUCUCGCAUGCUCCAGCGCUCUCUCUCCCCGGCUGCUCGCAGUGUGAGUGUGUUGGGGGGCCGGUGUGUGUGUGGGCAGGUGUCGGUGGUCCGCUCUUAUGCUGCAGCCCGUUUGGGCGCCGAUGCCAGCGGGCGGCCGACCACAUGGGACUCCUUUGGCAUUUGGGAUAACCGUAUAGAAACCUCGAUUCUGCUGCCCCCCAGCAUCCGGUAUGGCACCCCUAUCCCCCGGCUCAGCCUCAGCACCGUGGGCUGCGCGUCACACAUCGGACUGCGGCGCAACAACGAGGACCGGCUCAGAGUGUCCGAACUCACACCCAACACACUGUACUUCGCUCUGUUCGACGGACACGGUGGAGCUCAGGCUGCUGAUUUCUGCUCCACACACAUGGAACGCUACAUCAGAGAUGGUCUGGAGAAAGAGUGGGAUUUGGAGGUGGUGUUAUCUGAAGCCUUCCUUCAGGUGGACGCUGCUUUGGCUGCGCAGAUGCAGAUGUAUGGCAAUGCCUCUCUGAUGACGGUUGGGACCACGGCAACAGUGGCGUUGCUAAGAGACGGGAUUGAGCUGGUGGUGGGCAGUGUUGGGGACAGCCGGGCGAUUCUGUGCCGGAAGGGGAAAGCCCACAAACUGACCAAUGAUCACACACCAGAACGAAAGGACGAAAAACAGAGGAUCCGUAACAGUGGUGGUUUCGUGACGUGGAACAGUCUGGGCCAAGCGAAUGUAAACAGCCGUCUGGCCAUGACCCGCAGCAUCGGCGACUUCGACUUAAAGAACCUCGGAGUCAUCGCAGAACCAGAGACCACUCGCACUACAAUACAUCAUGCUCAUGAUGCAUUUCUGGCUCUGACAACCGACGGCGUAAACUUUAUCAUGAGCAACCAAGAGGUCUGUGAUGUCAUCAACCAGUGCUACGACCCAGUGGAGGCAGCUCACGUGAUCGCUGAGCAGGCUCUGCAGUACGGCUCGGAGGAUAACAGCACCAUCAUCGUGGUUCCGUUCGGAGCGUGGGGUAAACAGCAGAACUCGCACUACAGCUACUCCGUCAGCCGCAAUUUCGCCUCCAGUGGACGCUGGGCCUGAACGAAACGCCUUCUGGAGCCAAAUUCAUCAUAUUUAAUGAAGAAAUGAAAAACACCCCACAAUAUUUAAAAGUAUUUUUAUAUCUAUGAGAUUAUGGAUAUAAUGUGUCCAGUAUUAAAUUUGUACUCUAUUUUUGGGAUUUCUGUACAUAUGUACUGUGUGCAAGUGCAAAAUGUAAUUAUAUAAAUAUAUAUUUUCAAUUUAUACCCUUUUCUCCACACCAGCGACUUCAUCCAGUGAAAAAGAGGAGUCUUACUGUAUAACUCUAUUCUAAAAUAUAUAAAGUCUAUUCUAUGGUCACAAAUAUGAACUGAAAAUGAGCUGAUUAAAGGGAGUUUAUUUUCCAAAA